GCCAGACGACAGUUUAAAACUUAACACGAUGGAAGCAUUGAUACACCUGGUGAAAGGCAGCGUAGGAACUGGAAUAUUCGCAAUGGGCGAAGCCGUAAAAACCUCUGGAAUAGUAAUAGGUCCUUUAUUCAUUUUGAUUAUAGCAGUAGUUUGCGUGCAUUGCAUGCACUUACUGGUCACAACGGCUAAUAGUUUACGAGACAAACAUGGCGUCAGCACCAGUUUGGAUUUCGCCAAAACAUUGGAAUUAUCCUUUUUGCUAGGCCCACCUCGAUUAGCCAAGUACUCCGUUCACGCGAAGAAUUUGGUAACAUAUUACUAUGGCGUCGAAAUCGGUGUACGCUCGAUAAUGGCCGGACUUUUCUUACCGGUGUUAUUACCUUGCCUAGUGAGGAAUUUAAAAUACUUAGUACCCGUAUCGAUAAUGGCGAAUGUAAUCAUGUUUUUCGGCAUUUUCACGGCGUUUGCAUUCGGGCUGUACGAUCUUCCCCCUUUCAGCGAUAGGCGUUACGUGGGGGAUUUGGCAACGUUGCCCCUCGCUUUCGGCACGACCGUGUUUUGUUUCGGGGGAAUCGCCCUGAUUCUUCCCAUCGAGACACAGAUGAUGGUGCCUCGUGAUUUUUCGCGCUGCGGAGGAGUUUUGAACGUCGGGAUGACGUUCGUGGGGAGUUUAUUCGUUCUGAUGGGGUUCAUAGGGUACUGGAAAUGGGGAGAGGAGGUUUCGGGAAGUGUUACGCUGAAUUUACCUGAAGAUCAAGUCUUGUUUCAGGUGGUGAAAUUAUUAAUUAGUGCAGGAGUGGCGUGUACGUAUUGUUUGCAACUGUAUAUAGCCGUUGACGUAAUGUGGCCCUUUAUAUUAGAAGGAAAAUUGAGGGAUAGUAAACAUCCAGUGGUUUGGGAGUUAUUAUUUCGAUCGAGUCUCGUAUUAUUGACUUCGCAGAUUGUCCCAUUCCUCUCGUUAUUUUUAUCAUUAGUGGGUGCAUUUUGCACUGCGGGACUGAGUCUCCUUUUUCCCGCUCUAAUGGACCUGCUGAUGCAUUACGCAGACGAGAAGCUUACGAUAUAUGUUAUUAUCAAAGAUUCCAUCAUUUCCUGCUUUUGCAUGCUAGGUAUGCUAUCCGGUACAUUCGAAAGCGUUAGAGCGAUGAUAACGGCUCUCAGCGCGCCCGAAGAAGAAGAAUUCGUUUUUCAAAACACGAGUUUCUUAAUCAGCAAUGAUAAUAUUCAUAGGUAG